GAGGAAGGCUCGGCAGGCCAAGGCUCGCCGCAUUGCCCCCCGGCCCGUGGCUGGGCCCAUCCGGCCCAUCGUCAGGUGUCCCACCAUCAGGUACCACAAGAAGGUUCGUGCUGGCAGAGGCUUCAGCCUGGAGGAGCUUAAACUUGCUGGCAUCAACAAGAGAUUCGCACGGACGAUCGGAAUCUCUGUGGAUCCGCGGCGCCGGAACAAGUCCACUGAAUCCCUGCAGGCCAACGUGCAGAGGCUGAAGGAGUACCACUCCAAGCUCAUCCUCUUCCCGAGGAAGCCAGCCAUGCCCAAGAAGGGAGACAGCUCUCCAGAGGAGCUCAAGAUGGCCACGCAGCUCACAGGACCUGUUAUGCCCAUCAAGAAUGUGUUCAAGCGGGAGAAGGCUCGUGUCAUCACGGAUGAUGAGAAGAACUUCAAGGCCUUUGCCAGCCUGCGCAUGGCGCGGGCCAAUGCGCGCCUCUUCGGCAUCCGCGCCAAGCGCGCCAAGGAGGCAGCGGAGCAGGACGUGGAGAAGAAGAAAUGAACUGUUACCCCCAGAGCUCUCAAUAAAAAUCCCUAGAGAGA